AUGGCACCUCACAGAGAAAACGAGUCGGGCAUUCCCACUUACUGGGGGAAGUCCGGCAGGAUGUUGCAAGUCCUGAUCACCAUCGUUGCUACCACCGAUUUCCUCCUGUUCGGAUAUGACCAAGGUGUUAUGUCUGGUAUCGUCUCCGCCCCCGCAUUCGUCGAAGCUUUUCCCCAGGUCGAUGGUGACCCCACCUAUGAGGGUUUUGUUGUUGCCAUUUACGCCGUUGGUUGUUUCCUCGGUGCCUGCUUCAUCUUCGCUUUUGGAGACAGACUUGGUCGCCGCAACUCUAUCUUCCUUGGUGCUGUGGUCAUGAUCGUUGGUGUCAUUAUCCAGAUUACCGCAGUUCCACCCAACGGCGGCGCUACUGCGCAGUUUAUCAUUGGACGAUGCAUCACUGGCAUCGGAAACGGAAUCAACACUUCAACCAUUCCUACCUACCAGGCUGAGUGCUGCCGUGCGAAGAACCGUGGAAAGGUCAUCUGCAUUGAGGGCGGUAACGUCGCCAUCGGCACGUUGAUUGCUUACUGGAUCGACUACGGCUGUCUUUACGGCCCCGACGACUUCACCUGGCGCUUCCCCAUUGCUUUCCAAUGUGUCUUCGCUGUCAUCGUCAUCGUGAUGAUGACCCAGCUGCCCGAGUCUCCUCGCUGGCUACUUACCCACCACCGCGAGGAAGAGGCUGCAACUGUUAUGGCUGCCCUGAACGGUCUUCCUCGCGAGGAUCCCGAGGUACAGGUCCAGAUGGGCAUCAUCAAGGAGGCCAUCCGCCUGUCUGGUGGUGGUGGCAAGACCAAGUUCUCUGCUGUCCUCACCAACGGAAAGUCUCAGCAUCUCCGUCGUAUGCUUUUGGGUGCUUCUUCUCAGAUGAUGCAGCAGCUUUCUGGUUGCAACGCCGUCAUCUACUACUUCCCCAUUCUGUUCCAGAGUGCUCUCGGCACAACCCACAACCUGGCCCUCCUGCUCGGUGGUAUCAACAUGAUCGUCUACUCCAUCUUCGCCACCACCUCUUGGUUCCUUGUUGAGCGUGUUGGUCGCCGUAAGCUUUUCUUGAUCGGUACCGUCGGACAGUGCUUGUCUAUGAUUCUUACUUUCGGCUGCUUGCUCCCCGGUACUUCCUCUGCCGCCAAGGGUGCCGCUGUUGGUCUCUUCACCUACAUUGCCUUCUUUGGUGCAACAUGGCUACCUCUGCCCUGGUUGUACCCCGCUGAGAUCAACCCCAUCAAGACUCGCGCGAAGGCCAAUGCCACCUCCACUAUCUCCAAUUGGCUCUGGAAUUUCAUGCAGUUCAUUGUCAUGAUCACUCCUGUCCUGAUCUCCAGCAUCAGCGCCUAUACCUACCUGUUCUUCGCCAUCCUCAACGCCCUCUUCUUCCCCGUCAUCUACUUCCUGUACCCUGAGACCUCUGGUCGCUCUCUUGAGGAGAUUGAUCUUAUCUUCGCCAAGGGCUAUCUCGAGAACAAGAGCUACGUCCUGGCUGCGAAGGAGCUUCCCGUCAUGGACGAGUCCGAGAUCUCUCGCUACAACCGCGAGUACGGCAUGGAGGACACCUCCGACGAGGAGACUGGUUCCGGCGGUGACUACAACGAGAAGAAGAGCAGCGAGAAAAACGGCGCAGGCCAGGAGGAUAUACUCCCUCGUGGCGCCCCGACUGCUUAG